CCAUAUCCUGCACUUUGACAUCACACUAGAACUGGGGGCCACAUCCUGCAGUCUGACAUCGCAGUGACACUGGGGUUUGGGGGCCACAGCCUGCAUUUCGAUAUCACAGUGGUGGUGGGGCUGAGGGGCCAAUCCUGCACUGGGCACCUGCUCCAGUCUCCAGCAGGACAGGGGACUAGGAUGACCUGCUUGGCACAGAGGAGGCAGAGCCACCCACAGCUCCCCUCGCCCUCAGGCUACCAUGGAACAAUGUAGCACAGAGAGCAGCACUGCAGGCACACAGCCCCCCAGCCAGGGGCAGCGCUGGAGCAGGGGACACCCCAGCAGUCCCCGGGCCCAGCAGGCUGGGGACAAGGGCACAGUAGGACGUCCUGGGGCUGUGCAGUGCACCCGGGGCACUGGUGCAAAGCCUGGCAGGUCAGACAAUGCCAUGUCAGGGGCCCCAGGCUCAGCCAGGCAGAGGCAGGCAGGGCAGCGCCCUCUCCCUCACUCUGCCCCACCCCGUGCUGGGGACACGGGGCCAGUGAGCUCAGAUGGGGCUGUGCUCACACGGCUGGCAUCAGCCACCACCACCAGCCACCAAGAUGGCCACCAGUGCUGGCUUGACCUUGAGCUCCUCAAGAAGGCCAAGCUGCAUGUGGAGACAGCCAUUAAGGAGAAGAAGAUCUUCAUGGUGCAGGGCCCCUACCCCACCAUCCGCAGGCUGCUGCGGGCCCGGGGCUGGGUGGAGAGGAAGCCCCCCAGGGUGGGCAGACAGCUGGAGCAGCAUCGUGGCAACCAACAGAAACAGCAGCUGGAGACAGAGGCAAGGGAGGAUGGCGAGGAGCAGGGGGAGGCAGUGCUGAACCCACGUGGUGGGGCACAGCCUACCCUGGAGAUCACAGAGCUGCUGCACUCCCCAUGGCCACCCACUGAGGAGGAGGAGGAGGAGGAAGAGCAGUGCGAUGAGGACCCCAGUGGCAUCCAUGACCUCAUGUCUUACCUGGUGCGGGACCGAGUGCCAAAUUUCAUCUGGGCCAACUACCUCAGUGCUGUUGACCCUCAGCUGCUGGAGCAGGACCACGUGGUGAACCACUAUGCCCGAGUGGGUGCCUUCACCACCAAGGAGGGGCUGUGCCUCAGCCUGCAAAACUUGCCCUGGAUCGAGCAAGCAGACCCCAACACCUUCUUCCCACGGUGCUAUCGGCUGGGGACUACAGACGAGCGGGAAGCCUUCAUCGACGAUUUCCGCCUGACAGCAGCUCGCAGUCUGCUCAAACUGGCCCUGGAAGAGGCUGGGGACAGGCUGAUGGGGACUGAGCAGCCCCCAAGCUCUGACAAGGGGCCAGCAGGGCCAGGAUCUCCCCUGUACCCCCAGCUGGUGGAGGAGGCCCUGGAGGUCUGUGAGCAACACCUGGGUGUUCUGGGGCACCAAGACAUCGACAGGGGCACCCCGUUCCCCUGCAGGACAUGCAUUGACUGGGACCGCUUCCUGCAGGAUUACUACUGUGUGGCACAUGAGGGGGCUGGGCUGGUGCUGAGUGGGGCACAGCGGGAGCGGUGCCAGGAUCUGCUGCGGCGCCUGGCGGAGCAGCUGCCGCAGUUCAGCAUGGAGGGCAAGCUCAACGUCUGGAUCCUCAAGCCUGGUGCUGAAUCCCAAGGCAGGGGCAUCGUCUGUGCGACGCGGCUGGAGGAGGUGCUGCGGCUGGCGCGGGGCUGCACAGCCCCCUCGGUGCAGGAGGGCAAGUGGGUGGUGCAGAAGUACCUGGAGCGGCUGCUGACCAUCUUCGGCACCAAAUUUGACAUCCGUCAGUGGUUUGUGGUGACUGACUGGAAGCCGCUGACUGUCUGGUUCUAUGGAGACUGCUACCUGCGCUUCUGCUCCCGGCCCUUCUCCCUGCACUGCCUGGAGCGUGCCAGGCACCUCUGCAAUGUCUCCGUCCAGAAGUGGUACAAGACAUCACCAGACCAGGACCCCCGCGUGCCCUCUGACAGGGUCUGGUCCAGCAAGCAGUUCCAGGCAUACCUGGCGUGGCUGGGGCAGGCAGAUGCCUGGCACCAAGUGAUAGUGCCUGGCAUGAAGGCGGCAAUACUGAGCGCCCUGCGUAGUGCCCAGGACCAGGUGGGCUUCCGCAAGAACAGCUUUGAGCUCUAUGGGGCUGACUUUCUCGUGGGGGAGGACUGCCAGCCCUGGCUGCUGGAGAUCAACUCCUGCCCCACCAUGAGCCCCUCCUCAGCCGUGACCAGACGACUCUGUGCCAACGUCCAGCGGGACACGCUGCGCCUCGUGCUUGACCGCAAGGACAACCCCACCUGCUCCAUUGGAGCCUUUGAGCUCAUCUACAAGGAGGCAGCUAUGCCCAGGCCACUUUCCGGGCGUGUGAAGCUGAUAGUCAAAGGCUGUUCCCUGAAGAAGUGCUGGUCAGCACAGCACCAAGCCCAGGUCAAGCCCCCUGCCACUGUGCCCAGUGCCACCCAGCACCCUGUGCCCCCAAGGGCCAGAGACACCCAGGUGCCCCAGCAAGCACAGCAUCAACCCCCCACCACUGUGCCCAGUGCCCCCAGGCUCCCCGUGUCCCCAGGGGCCAGAGACACUCCUGUACCCAAGCGAGCACAGCACCAGCCUCCCACCACUAUGGCCAGUGCCCCCAAGCUCCCCAUGUCCCCAGGGGCCAAAGACACUCCUGUACCCAAGCAAGCACAGCAUCAAUGCCCCACCACUGUGCCCAGUGCCCCCAGGCUCCCUGUGUCCCCAAGGGCCAGAGACACUCAUGUACCCAAGCGAGCACAGCAUCGAUGCCCCACCAUUGUGCCCAGUGCCCCCAGGCUCCCUGUGUCCCCAAGGGCCAGAGACACUCAUGUACCCAAGCGAGCACAGCAUCGAUGCCCCACCACUGUGCCCAGUGCCCCCAGGCUCCCCGUGUCCCCCAGGGCCAGAGACACUCAUGUACCCAAGCGAGCACAGCAUCAACUCCCCACCACUGUGCCCAGUGCCCCCAAGCUCCCCAUAUCCCCAGGGGCCAGAGACACUCAUGUACCCAAGCGAGCACAGCAUCGAUGCCCCACCAUUGUGCCCAGUGCCCCCAGGCUCCCUGUGUCCCCAAGGGCCAGAGACACCCGGAUGCCACAGCAAGCACGUCAUCAACCCCCCACCACUGUGCUCAGUGCCCCCAAGCUCCCUAUGCCCCCAGGAGCCAGAGACACCCAGGUGCCCAAGCCCAGAGCAGCAACAGGGAAGCUGCCUCCUCCGUGGCAAUGGUGUGGCCCCAGCUCUGGCCCCUCAGCACUGCCACAGCCCUGGAGCUGCUCUGCUGGGAGCCAGGGGCUGUCAUGCCUCUGUCACCCACACAGGCAGCCCCAGGCUGCUCAGCCCCUGAUCAAUGUCUGUCCCCUGGACAGGGUGCCCAUGCCGCUGCCCUGGGGAGCCCCCAGCAACCCCUGGCUAGCCCUGGGCUGUGUCCCCUCCUUCCCUCCUGCCAGGCCACCGCAUCUACCUCUGCCUGCACAGAUCAUUGGGACCCCCAGCCCAGAGCAGAAGCAUAUGGCAGUUCCCAAUGGGACACAGAAGUGUGUCCUGGGAUACUGAGACAUUCCCAGGAGGGGACAGUGCCCCGCCCAUCCUUGCUAGGCCGGCAUGGCAGCACUCGGCUCCCUCUCACUGCAGUGCACCUCUACUGCUGUGUCAUGGUCCCCACUUCAUCCCUCAUAUGCACUUCAAAAUACUUCUGCAAUAAGGAGCCUGGUUUGGA